GGAAGUUGAAGCUUUGCGAGUUCCGCCGUCGAGAAAGGGAUGAGAGGCAAAGGAGCGCUGCGUUUGUUUAUUGUGAGGAAUUGAAGGACGAUCCCUGACUCGUCAAAUCCCCGGCCUGAGAGGAAAAGAACGAGCAAGCCGCCCAGGCCUGGCGAUGAGUUACCUCAGCGAAGGCAGCGGGGCCGUUACGUCCCUCCUAGACUUAAGCCUUCAUUGCUUAACGAGGAAUGUAUCCAGAUAUGCUGCAGACAUUAAGCCUUUGCCUCCAAACAUCAAAGAUAAACUGAUUAAAUCGCUGAGUGUCCAAGGAUGGAUAAAUGAUUCGAAUAUUAUUAUGGUUUUACAUCCUGCGGUAGAGGCAUUGGACCUUCGAGACUGUGAUAUUUCAGAUAAUGCCCUGCGACAGCUUUGUAACUGCAAGCAGCUUAAAAAAAUUAACUUAAAUGUUUGGAAAGGCAAUAGACUAACCGUCACUUCAGAAGGUGUUGCAGCACUGGCCUUGUCAUGUCCUUAUUUACGUGAAGUCUCUUUUAAAAGAUGCAGCAACCUUACAGACAGUGGAGUCCUUGCUCUUGCCCUCAACUGUCCACUAUUGCAAAUAGUUAACAUAGGUGGAUGCUCCAGCAUCACAGACACAUCAUUGCAAGCACUUGGACAAAACUGUCAAUCCCUACAUAGCGUGGAUUUUUCAUCUACCCAAGUUACUGAUGAUGGUGUAAUAGCACUCGUUAGUGGAAUGUGUUCAAAGAAUUUAAAGGAGAUCCAUAUGGAACGGUGUGUGAAUCUGACUGAUGUAGCUGUGGAAGCUGUCCUCUCCUGCUGUCCAAUGAUAUAUAUUCUUCUGUUCCACGGAUGCCCACUGAUAACAGAUCGUUCUCGAGAAGCCCUGGAACAGCUGGUUGGACCAAAUAAAUUUAUGCAGGUCUCAUGGACUGCUUAUUGAUUUUGGUUUAGUUGUGGAUGGUAUCUUUUUUUCAGGAUAGGCCCUUAUCUGGAAAGACUUGUUUCAUAAGUGUACUGGCUGCCACUGAUGGGCUCAGUUGCCAUUUCAACUGCCAAAUGUGGUUGCAUUAAUGAUCAGCUGAUGUUCUUGAUUAACAAGAAUCUUUUUCCUUUCCCACUCCACUUGAUGAAUAGGAAAUUAUUAGUUAGUGUUCAUAGAACAGCAACAGGUCAGGGCUGUAAUACGAAUGUUCAGAUGUCAAGUUCCACACCAACCAAUGAAGGGCUAACAGGAAAUGAGGACAUGUAGCCAGUCGAGUGAGCCAGAGAGACUUGGAGGCACUAUUGCAUAAGCAUUUUGUAACAUCACUUGUUCAGCCAUCACUUUGGUGAGGAUCAGUUAUGUGUCAAGGAAGCCAUUACAACUGGAGACAUGGUUUUUAUUUUACCCCAUGCUGCUUCUCAUUUUGAAAUAAAAGUUGCUACUUUCCUCAA